CGCUCUAAGAGCUAAGGGUAUAAAAAGUAUAAAAAGGAAGCAAAGAACAAGCUACUUCCCUUAUUCUUUCGCCAUCUCUGACACAUACAACAUACACACACAUACAGAAGUGCCCAUCUGCAAAGGCUUUAUAGGAUCUUUCAGCAAUAUUGACAAAAAUUAAAGAUGCAGUAUACUAUCACACGAUUAUCCUCUGAGGACAAGACCUCAUCCGAUAUCGCCAAGGCUCUUUCGGACAACCGACCAGCAACCUAUAAGUUGGAACACUAUUCUCUCUCUGGUGUAGGUGCGGUCCCCCGCGACCUUCUGGCUUUCGGAGGAGUAGAAUGGGAAGAUGUGAUCGUUACUAGCUGGCCCCAUUCGGUCGAGGCGCCAUUUGGAGUCUUCCCUGUUUUGCAUAUUCGUACUGCAGACGGUACUGAGUUUAAGAUAGCCGAGUCAUUCGUGAUUGAGCAUUUUUUGGCCAAGAAGUUUGGUCUAUUGGGCGAUAAUGAAUGGGAGGAGCUACAAAUCAAGAUGUUCCAUUCAUCAUCCCUGUAUCUGCGAGAGCGAUCGCUUACGGGCGUAACUUGGAACUACAAAGACAAGGUGGAAGAAGCAACCGAGAGAUUUAUCACAAAGACGUUGCCACUCUGGAUUGACACUCAUACCAAACACUUGAAGGACAAUGGAUCGAACGGUCAUUAUGUUGGGAAUAAACUGUCUCUGGCGGAUAUCCAAACGGCCAAUGACAUUGAUCACUUCCAGUUCGUGUACAGAGGCGAUGAGAUUAUUGAGAAGAUCAAGAAGAGUGAUGAGAUCUGGCGUGUCAAAGAGCGUGUCGACACGGAUCCUCGCCUACGAGAGUGGCGUCAGUCUGAGGGAUACAAGAAUCAUAUUGCUGCAUCCAAAUCCAUUUAUGCCAACACUGGAAUUUGAUUGAAAGUAGGG